AUGAUCCCGGGCAGCUUCUCCAACUGUGGAGUGGGUCCUGAAGCCCCUUUUCCCCGGCUGUCCGCGCGGGAUGAGGCUGAACGCAGCUCUCGCCGGGAUCAGGACACUUUGAAUGGAGCUCUGGAUGGAUUUGAGAGCUCAGGAUUGUGCCGGGCGCAGGGAGUGGCUGGAGCAGCGUCCCCUGGGCGAGCUCUGAGUCCCUUAAUCACCUCCAGCGCGAGAGGGAGAGAGUCUUUUAUGAGUAAUCAAAGGCAGCAAAAGCCAACGCUAACUGGCCAGCGUUUCAAAACACGAAAAAGAGAUGAAAAGGAGAGGUUUGACCCUUCCCAGUUUCAGGAAAGCAUCGUACAAGGUCUGAAUCAAAGUGGCACCGAUUUGGGAGCUGUGGAGAAGUUCCUCGAUGCCUCUGGUGCCAAGCUCGACUACCGGCGAUAUGCUGAGAUUCUCUUUGACAUCCUGGUGGCCGGCGGAAUGCUGGCCCCAGGGGGAACUCUGUUUGAAGAAGCGACCUGCACAGAUUUCUGUCUCUUCAAAGCACAAGAGGACAUGGAGACCAUGCAGGCGUAUGCACAGGUCUUCAACAAGCUCAUCAGGCGCUACAAAUACUUGGAAAAGGGAUUUGAGGAGGAGAUCAAAAAGCUGCUGCUGUUCCUCAAGGGCUUCACAGAGUCGGAGCGUAACAAGCUGGCCAUGCUAACAGGCAUUCUGCUGGCCCACGGCAAUAUCUCCGCAUCCAUUCUCAGCAGCCUCUUCAACGAGAACCUGGUCAAAGAAGGUGUCUCGGCAUGCUUCGCCGUAAAACUCUUCAAAUCUUGGCUUACGGAAAAGGACAUUAACUCAGUCUCUGCCAGUCUUCGCAAAGUCGGCAUGGACAGCAGGCUUCUGGAACUGUUUCCUGCCAACAAGCGCAGUUGCGAACACUUCUCCAAGUACUUCAACGAAGCCGGGCUCAAGGAGCUGUCAGACUUUGCCAAAAACCAGGAGUCGAUUGGGGCUCGCAAGGAGCUGCAGAAAGAGAUUCAGGACCAGAUGUCCCGCGGAGACCCCGUCAAGGAUAUGAUAGCGUAUAUCCGAGAGGAGGUGAAGAAGAACAACAUCGCGGAGCAGACCAUGAUCGGGCUCCUUUGGUCCAGCAUAAUGAGCUCGGUGGAGUGGAAUAAGAAGGAGGAGCUGGUCACAGAGCAAGCCAUCAAACACUUAAAGCAAUACAGCCCACUGUUGAAGGCGUUCACCUCCCAGGGCCUCUCUGAACUGACCCUCCUGCACAAGAUCCAGGACUACUGCUACGACAACAUCCACUUCAUGAAGGCUUUCCAGAAAAUUGUUGUCCUGCUCUACAAAGCGGACGUCUUAGGUGAAGAGGCAAUCCUGAAGUGGUACAACGAAGUUCACUCAGCCAAAGGAAAAAGCGUUUUCCUUGAGCAGAUGAAAACGUUUGUGGAAUGGCUCAAGAACGCCGAGGAAGAGUCUGAGUCUGAGGAAGAGGAUGCAGACUGAGGAUCUCCAGCGACAACAACCAUGUCAAGGCACAUCUUUGAAUGACGGAACACUAGAUGCUGUCUACAUGUUCCUCUCUGUCUGUUUUCUACCUCCGCAUAUCUUGUUCACCUGUCAGGGAAGGGCUGUACUAUUCUUUGAACCUACUCUCAGUUUAAAUAAAUACUUGUACUUCUCUUUAUGCUCCUCCAGGAGCCGGUCCCUGUGCCACAUUUAGCUAAAUGGAAACAAAUGUCUGUAAUGUAACAAAAAAAAAGAAAAAAAAAAGCUACUAUUUUUGGGAGGAGCACUUCCUCGUAUAUUUGGUCAGUUUGAUGGCAGAUUUCACAGCUAUUGAGUUCAGUUUUGGAUCUUUUUCUUUCUUUUCUUUUCUGCGUGAGAUCCAUCUGCGUAUCCCACGGUACGCCGUUCGUCCGAAAGAAAAACCAUUUUCGUGACCUCAUUUUACAGAUCUGCCAGUUCUGAGGGCAGUUUGAGAUUUACUGCCACAUCGGGGUCCGCUAUCGGUGACCGAGCUGUGCCAUGCAAAACGGCCAUGGCUGUAGUGGAAACGCCGCCUCAUGAGAUGUUUUUUUUUUUUUUUCCCUGAAAAACCGCAUGUAAUAGAACCAUGCUAACUUUGUAGGGUUUUUAUCCUUUAUCAUACAUUUUCAAAUAAAUGGAAUGUAAUGAUUUCCA